CGCCCCUUUGUUGGCUCAGUAGAGGUAGCAGCGGCCGUGGAGGUGGCGCUGGGGACUCUUUUCUCUUGGAGGCCGGAGUGGAGCCGCGUCUGACUGAGGCGGGCGGCGAGCGGCCCCCUCGCUCCCUCCCUCUCUCCUCCGCGACCUCCCCGCCGCCGCCGCCGCCGCCUGCCGCCAACUGCCAACCGCCGCGCCCGGGAGGAGCCGCGGCCCGCGGGCCGGAGCCAGGCCUGCGACCGGACCUCAGCCGGAGCGGGAGCCGGGGCCUGGGCGUCCCCGCCCUCUCUCCGCCUCAGGACCUGCGUCUGCCGGGCCUCCGCGCGUCGCGCCAUGGACUCAGACGAGGGCUACAACUACGAGUUCGACGAGGACGAAGAGUGCAGCGAGGAGGACAGCGGCGCCGAGGAGGAGGACGAGGACGAGCCGGAUGACGAUAACCUGGAUCUGGGCGAGGUGGAGCUGGUGGAGCCCGGGCUGGGCGUCGGCGGGGAGCGGGACGGACUGCUGUGCGGGGAGACGGGCGGCGGCGGCGGCAGCGCUCUCGGGUCCGGCGGUGGCGGCGGCGGCGGCGGUGGCGGCGGCGGGCCGGGGCACGAGCAGGAGGAGGAUUACCGCUACGAGGUGCUCACGGCCGAGCAGAUCCUGCACCACAUGGUGGAAUGUAUCCGGGAGGUCAACGAGGUCAUCCAGAAUCCAGCAACUAUCACAAGAAUACUCCUUAGCCACUUCAAUUGGGAUAAAGAGAAGCUAAUGGAAAGGUACUUUGAUGGAAACCUGGAGAAGCUCUUUGCUGAGUGUCAUGUAAUUAAUCCAAGUAAAAAGUCUCGAACACGCCAGAUGAAUACAAGGUCAUCAGCACAGGAUAUGCCUUGUCAGAUCUGCUACUUGAACUACCCUAACUCGUAUUUCACUGGCCUUGAAUGUGGACAUAAGUUUUGUAUGCAGUGCUGGAGUGAAUAUUUAACCACUAAGAUAAUGGAAGAAGGCAUGGGACAGACAAUUUCGUGUCCUGCUCAUGGUUGUGAUAUAUUAGUGGAUGACAACACAGUUAUGCGCCUGAUCACAGAUUCAAAGGUUAAAUUAAAGUAUCAACACUUAAUAACAAAUAGCUUUGUCGAGUGCAAUAGACUGUUAAAGUGGUGUCCUGCCCCAGAUUGCCACCAUGUUGUUAAAGUCCAAUAUCCUGAUGCUAAGCCUGUUCGCUGUAAAUGUGGGCGCCAGUUUUGUUUUAACUGUGGAGAAAAUUGGCAUGAUCCUGUUAAAUGUAAGUGGUUGAAGAAGUGGAUUAAAAAGUGUGAUGAUGACAGUGAAACCUCUAAUUGGAUUGCAGCCAACACAAAGGAAUGUCCCAAAUGCCAUGUCACAAUUGAGAAGGAUGGCGGUUGUAAUCACAUGGUCUGUCGUAACCAGAACUGUAAAGCAGAGUUUUGCUGGGUGUGUCUUGGCCCUUGGGAACCACAUGGAUCUGCCUGGUACAACUGUAACCGCUAUAAUGAGGAUGACGCAAAGGCAGCAAGAGACGCACAGGAGCGAUCUAGGGCAGCUCUGCAGAGGUACCUGUUCUACUGUAAUCGCUAUAUGAACCACAUGCAGAGUCUACGCUUUGAGCACAAACUGUAUGCUCAGGUGAAGCAGAAAAUGGAAGAGAUGCAACAGCACAACAUGUCCUGGAUUGAGGUGCAGUUCCUGAAGAAGGCAGUCGAUGUCCUCUGCCAGUGUCGUGCCACACUCAUGUACACUUACGUCUUCGCUUUCUACCUCAAAAAGAAUAACCAGUCCAUUAUUUUUGAGAAUAACCAAGCAGAUCUAGAGAAUGCCACAGAGGUGCUUUCAGGCUACCUUGAACGAGAUAUUUCCCAAGAUUCUCUACAGGAUAUAAAGCAGAAAGUACAAGAUAAGUACAGAUACUGUGAGAGUCGACGAAGGGUUUUGUUACAGCAUGUGCAUGAAGGCUAUGAAAAAGAUCUGUGGGAGUACAUUGAGGACUGAGAGUGGCCCUGCAUAAAAUGAACUCUGAAAACUUUACCAUCUAGAGUGUUCAUGCAAUUUAAACAAACAAAACAAACACAAACUAGGAGGCACUAAGCCCAUUCUGACACUGCUGGUCUGUAGUACCAGAAUUCUGUUUUGUUAAAGGAAAAUUUAAGUAAAUUAUAUUGUAAUAAAAAAAAGGUAGAUAAACCAUUGUACAACAGUAUUCUAGGCCGCCAACAAAAGUGUGACAACCACACUGAAAGCCCUCCAACUUUAACGUGUAGCUUCAUUCUCAAAGCUGACUCCUUUUUCUUUCUUUUUUUCCUGAGUGUAUGACAGUUAAAAUUUGACACUGCUUUUCAUGCCCAGCCCGGUCUUUUUGUUGUACUUUGGUAAAGAACCUCUUCCUUUUCAUCCCCUACACAUACAAAGACACCCACACUCAGAGACUGACGCUCUUUCUCUCAUACCCCAAAGUAAUGAGUGAAUGAUGAUUAGUUCCUUGUAAAGAAAAUUCUUGGGGUGGGAAGGGGAUAGGCAACAGGAGGAAUUAAACAAAAAAACAAAACAAAAAAAAAACUUUGUAUAUGACUUUUAAAACAAGAGGACAACACAGUAUUUUUCAAAUUUGUAUAUAGCGCAUAUGCAUGGACAAAGCAAGCGUGGCACGUGUUUGCAUAAUGUUUAAUUACAAAAAAAAAUAUUUAUUCUUUAAAAAUCUUCAAGAUUAUGUCUAUUUGCUGUGCUUUUUUUUAUUUCUUUUUUUAUUUUUUUCUCAGUUUGCUUAUCUUUUCAGGGUUGGACGUUGGGAUAAAAAAUCUGUUGGUUUGGCACCUCUGGAAGGCAUAAGAGCUCUUUGAUUUUUCCUUUCCUGAGAUUACUUUGCCCUUUCUGGUUUUGGUAUGUCUGUUGCUGGCCAUGGGCCUCAUGCCUUGAAUUCCAAGUGCUUGAUCGGGGCCAAGGAGGUCAAGCUCUGACAAUGCUGUGGCUUGAUAAGGGCUGCAACAGGGAGCUUAGUUGCUACAGUUCAAGGAAUACCCAUUCCCCUUCCUGGCCUCAUGUCAUGCACGCCAGUGAAAGCUUCCUAGGCUCCCUGUUCAUCCAAAGGAAACAUUUCAUUUUCCCCUCUUUAAUUGCUGCUUUUGAGCCUUUUAAGAUUUUCGUUAUGGCUCUUCUCACCCUUUCUUUACAAUAGGAUGUCAAAUAGAAUGUUUUUGCUAUAAAUAUAAAUAAGUAGUCAUUCACUUAGUUUCAGAUUGUGAAUUUAAAAUGGCAGAUACUAAAAUUGCUUGUGUGUGUUGCUGUGGGUUCAGUUUGAAGACAAACACCCCUAGAACAUGAUAUUCCCAUCUAGUGCAUUUAAACAGAAAUCACUGACUGCUUCUUUUCUGUUGCCAACAGAUAGGAAAAUUAAUAAUGCAUUUUAGCUGUGAUGUCCAUUUUAAUGAAAUUUCUACUAAGAUCUAUGUUAAAAGUAAAGGAUGGUGGUGGUUUUAUUAAUUACAUACCUGUUUAGGCCAUUCUGGCUGUGGUAUUUUCAACAGGUCAGCAUCCCUAGCUAAAUUUGUUAGUUUUAUUCAGGAGUGCAGAGUGAACCAAUUUGGAUUGAGGACCUCUUUGUCUUCCUUUAAAUGUCUUGCACCUAGGGAAUGUUUACCAUUUGUGAGGCAACUUUGCUCUUGCAUUGUACAUCUUAUUACUCCAUUGGGAAGUAGGUUCACUUUCCUCUGGCCUUUUGCCUAAGUUAGGCUUUGCUGAAUCAACCCACUUUUCCUUUUAGAAAAGGUUGUUACAUGAAAUGUACUUGCAGCUGUUCUUAUCCCAUCAAAAAUUAGUGAAUGUUUGCUGAGUACAUUAUGCUGCUUCCUUAAACCACUUGUCGCUUUAGAAUCAACUUUACUUGUACCUUGAAUCCUCUCUCCCUUGCCACCUCAGGUGCAAUUCUGAACUCAGUGUCUGCUUCUUCAAUGUCCUUUCUUCCCCCAUAACCCAUUUAAUUUUAUUUUAAAUGACUGCAUCAAUCUUAAAAAGCAUUUAUCAAACUAAGGAAAAAAAUUUUUUAAAGCAAGCUUGAAUAAGUUCCUUUCCCUGGUAACUGAAAAGCAGCCAGAGUUGCUAUCUAGAUAUAUGUGGCUUCCUUAAUCAAAAUGUUUUGUGUAUAUGUGAUGUUUUUAAAAAAAAAUCUUAACCAGGUAACUGCAGUAUCUAGGUUUGAGUGUCAUUACAUGCUCCCCUUGCAAGUACCUAAAAACUGUGCACUUCAUAGUAUCAGCCCCUACCCAUGGAGGAACAGUGCUUUUUAGAGAUGCUUUCUAGUUUCAGUGUUGGCAUAUGAUCUGAGAGUAUUGCAGUUAUGGAUCAAGGUAAACUGGCCUUUUCUACUUCCAAUCUUUUAACAACUAUCUCCAUAUUUGACAGUAUUCCCUGAGUUAAUUGCUUUCAUUUUUAGUAGCUUCUUUUACCGCAGGUGGGAUAUAGGCAAGCCAUAGUGUAUGACAGCUUCCCCAUUUCUCUUAUCUGAAUCUUUCUAUCAAGAGGGCUCUAUUCAUGGUAAGCACCAGGGUCUCGCUGUCUUAUUGAGGACAGUUACAUUGUCUCUUGAAAAGUGCAUGCUUCAUUUGAACAGUUUAUUGAAUAGUAGAUGUACUUGAAAUGAUUUACAACAAAAUUUUGAUCCAAAGCUCAGGACACAAACCACAGUGGUAAAACUGAGUAGCGUAUAAUAUCAUCAGACUAAAUUCUGUAUAAUUUGCUGCAACCCAGAUUGUAUGUGUUUUAUGUGUGUUCAAAAAUAUAUAUUAAAUACACGUGUAUACAUAAACACAUAUAACAGAUCCAAGACUGACUGACUUGAUUUGAAAAGGUUGAAUCUGCAAUGUGAAAUGAUUCAGCCAUGAUUAGAAACUGAAAUUUAGUACCAGGGAGAAAAGAACUCAAUGUAACCAAGUCUUUUAGUUGCAAAUCCUGGUUUUAGAGCACUUGGAAAAUGGGAGGGGCGGGUUGGUGAGACAAUCAGAUCACUAAAUUGAUUUAAAUGCUCCUAACCCUGUAAUUUUGUGCAUAGGCAUCCUGUGCUGUAGAAAUAACUGUUCUUAGCUUUUCAUUGUAACUGGACUGUUCAGGUUGCCCAGAGGGAAAGAACAUUCCUAAUUCUAAUAAAAUAAAACUUUUAUUUUGUUAUUCCA